UUCGGCGGGGGCUUGACAAAACAGAUGAACAACUGGUUUGGCCAAUGCCCCCUGCUCCCCCAACAGUGCCACAACUGCCACUUUUUUGAUAUUUUCAAUGUUUCAAUUGUAAAACAAAAAAAUAACCCAAUUUAUAGGCAAAUAGAAAUACCGAGUCGCGUCAGUUCGAUAACAUGAGCCGGCAGCUAAAGUUCCACCUGCAAGCACCUCAGGUAGAGGAGGAGUUUUCUACGGAUCUGGUGGAGAUCAAUCUGAAUCCCAGUUGCGGCCAAACCAAGCCAUCAUCCUCAGCGCAGGCCUUGGAUCAGCUGCUCCUGGCCACACCCCCACACCGAGGCUAUCCCUAUGGCUAUGCGGAGGACUCUGAGCCGGACACAUACUUCUGCCGGAAGAGCAACUCUACGGGACAACUGGCGGAGAAGGUAUCGCCACCGCCGCCGGCGGCCACCAACAUCAGCUGCCUGCGACAGAUGUACUGCCCGGAGUGCAAUGAGCGGUUGCAUGAGCAGGGAGUCCGCCUGGAGCGACUGCUGACCAUGUGUUGCUUUGCCAUGCUGCCCAUAUAUCCCUGCUGUCCGAGACGCACGAACAACGAUUGCAGGGUCAUUUGUGGCAAAUGUGGCUACCUCUUGGGGGCAUGGAAAAGACAGUGACGAGGAGGAGGGAACUGGGGAAUGGCAACUGGAGUGGGUGCUCCGCAUUUAAUUAUUUGUUUUGUUUAGUUUUUAAGUAUUUUUUUGUUGUUGUUGACCUUGCGGCGAGUAAGAUGAUGAGACU